CGGUCUCGCGCACGCACAAGUUUAUUUGUUUUGGUUUAUAAAUAACUAUAAAAGUAAACUAAGCUUAAAGAAUAAUAUGGCCACGUUAUUAGAUCAAGUAACAGAACUGGAAAACAAGAUAAAGAACCAUGACGCUUACGGAACAUCAUACAAGUGGUCUCCAAGAGACUUUGAACUUGGAAAAGCUUUAGGACAAGGUAAAUUCGGACAUGUGCACGUAGCACGGGAGAAGAAGACACAAUUUUUAGUUGCCAUUAAAGCGCUAUUUAAAUCUCAGAUAGUCGGCUCAAAGUGUGAGAGACAAGUUCUUAGAGAAAUUGAAAUUCAGUCUCACUUAAAACACCCCAACAUUCUCCGCUUACUCACCUGGUUCCAUGAUGAACGAAGAAUAUACCUGGUGCUAGAGUUUGCAGCUGGUGGAGAGCUAUAUAAGCACCUCACUAACGCACCAUGUGGUCGCUUUCCGGAACGCACUGCUGCCAGAUACAUCUAUCAGGUUGCCGAUGCUGUUGACUACUGCCACCAACACCAUGUUAUACACAGAGAUAUAAAGCCAGAGAACAUACUUGUGUCCUCUGAUGGUGAUUUAAAAUUAGCUGACUUUGGGUGGUCAGUGCAUGCACCAUCGGAAAGGCGCAAGACAAUGUGUGGCACUCUAGAUUACCUACCUCCAGAAAUGAUCAAAAGAGAGGUGUAUGACGUGUCCGUAGAUCACUGGUGUAUUGGAGUACUGUUGUAUGAAUUUCUCGUUGGAAAACCACCUUUUGAAAGUGAGGGCCAAAGCAGUACCUACACAAGAAUAUUGACUUUAGACAUGACUUAUCCCAAAUAUGUUCCUGAAGGAGCCAAAGAUUUAAUAUCUAAGCUCUUAAGACAAUCAAGCAAAGAAAGGCUGCCAUUGGAAGGAGUUAAGAACCAUUUUUGGGUGCAAAAAUUUCGCAAUUAACGAUUUUUUCAUUGUAGACGUAGAUAGUACUUGCUAUUAUUAUUGUCCACAAAGUCCACAUACAUUAUUGCGAGAAAUGAGAAUAUAUUUUAUUCUUUUCAUGAA